UGAAACACCAGACCUUUGAAAAUGAGGUCUAUGGUUGAGCUGAGCAAGUAGAAGGAGUCAUCAACCUGGGGAACUCCCUGAUUGAGCGGAAGGCCUGUGAUGGCAAUGAAGAGACCAUGAAGGGGCAAUGGGAAGAGCUGAAGAAACAUUGGGAUUAUUUGCUUGAGAGAACAACUGACAAAGGGCAGAAGCUCAACGAGGCUAGUCGCCAACAGAGGUUUAACACAGGCAUCCGGGAUUUUGAGUUCUGGCUCUCAGAGGCAGAGACACUGCUGGCCAUGAAAGAUCAAGCCAGGGACUUGGCUUCGGCAGGAAACCUGCUAAAGAAGCACCAGUUAUUAGAGACAGAGAUGUUGGCUCGAGAGGUAAGUAGUGCUGGAAUCCCAAUCCUCUGGGAAGAAUGGAAAU